CUUAACUCAUCUCUACUUGGUGACGACGACGCUUUUUCAAGAACAUAACAGCCUCUCACUUCCCAGUUAAUCCAAUCCUCCAUUACCCUCUCUCACAGCCCCUCUCUCUCAAAUAAGCAGCUAAGAGAGAGAAAGUGAGCUAGAAAAAACAAAGGAUAUGGCUAUUCGCUCACACCCCAUUUCGAGGGUCGCCCCAAAAACCCUCCCUUUAUCGUCGAGAAGUUUUGAGCCCACCACGAGAAACUCCAUUUGCAGCAAUUCUUGGAUGAAAAGACAAUUUUAUGGCAAUUCUUUAUCUAUCAAGUCGAAUGGAGAGAUUCUGAAAACCCCUUUUCGGAGUUCUGUCAAAUGCUCUGUUUCGCAAGCCACAGACACCACCACAGAGAAAAAGAGUCAAUUGAUAAGGAGAAAUGACAUUCGCAAUAUAGCGAUUGUUGCACAUGUUGAUCAUGGAAAAACCACUUUGGUCGAUGCUAUGCUGAGGCAAGCUAAGGUUUUUCGUGACAACCAGUUUGUACAGGAGAGGAUAAUGGACUCAAAUGAUCUAGAGCGUGAAAGGGGAAUAACUAUACUUAGCAAAAAUACUUCUAUUACAUACAAUGAUACGAAAAUCAAUAUCAUUGAUACUCCAGGCCAUUCUGACUUUGGUGGUGAAGUGGAACGGAUUCUGAACAUGGUCGAAGGAGUUCUUUUAGUGGUAGAUUCUGUUGAGGGUCCAAUGCCACAAACAAGAUUUGUUCUGAAGAAAGCUCUUGAAUUUGGCCAUGCUGUUGUUGUUGUCGUAAAUAAAAUUGAUAGACCUUCUGCUCGUCCAGAUUAUGUCAUCAAUUCGACUUUUGAGUUGUUCAUUGAACUAGAUGCGUCAGAUGAACAGUGUGAUUUCCAAGUUAUAUAUGCAAGUGGCAUCAAAGGAAAAGCAGGACUUUCACCUGAAAAUUUGGCUGAUGAUCUUGGACCACUUUUUGAGUCCAUUGUCAGAUGCAUACCUGGGCCACAGAUUGCCAAAGACGGUUCUCUUCAAAUGCUUGCCACAAAUAUAGAAUAUGAUGAACAUAAAGGGCGGAUUGCUAUUGGGCGUCUGCAUGCGGGUGUAUUGUGCAAAGGAAUUGAUGUGCGGAUUUGUUCCUCUGAAGAUGAAUGCAGAUUUGGUAAAGUAAGUGAACUUUUUGUGUAUGAGAAGUUCAACAGAGUCCCUGCAGAAAUAGUAGAGGCUGGUGAUAUUUGUGCUGUAUGCGGUAUUAACGAUAUUCAGAUAGGAGAGACAAUUGCAGACAAAGCUUCGGGAAAGCCAUUACCAUCCAUAAAAAUUGAAGAGCCUACCGUGAAAAUGGCCUUCUCAAUCAACACAUCACCUUUUGUGGGCCGUGAGGGUAAAUAUGUCACAAGUAGAAACCUGCGAGAUCGGCUCUUUCGUGAGCUUGAGCGAAAUUUGGCAAUGAGAGUUGAAGAUGGUGAAACUUCGGAUACAUUUGUCGUUAGUGGACGUGGUACUCUGCAUAUAACUAUAUUAAUAGAAAAUAUGCGUAGAGAAGGAUAUGAGUUCAUGGUGGGGCCGCCCAAAGUCAUCAACAAAACCGUGAAUGACAAGUUGCUUGAACCAUACGAGAUUGCUUUGGUCGAGGUACCAGAGGAAUACGUGGGGCCCGUUGUGGAACUUCUUGGUAAAAGGCGUGGGCAUAUGACUGAUAUGCAAGGAACUGGGUCCGAAAGCACGACAAUAAUGAAAUAUAAGAUACCAACUCGAGGUCUUCUUGGGUUGAGAAAUUCUAUUCUAAGUGUGACCCGAGGCACGGCAGUUCUCAAUACAAUAUUUGACGAAUAUGGGCCUUGGGCUGGCGACAUUAGUACCCGGGAUCAGGUUGUUCUUGAUACCCCAUUGGAAUACAGUCUGGAUGACUGCAUAGAGUACAUUCAAGAAGAUGAACUCGUUGAGGUUACUCCCUCGAGCAUCCGCAUGUGCAAAAACCCAAAGUUUGCAAAGAAGUCUCGUUGA